AUGGGUUAUAUGGUCGUAGGGACUUUAGAGGAGCCUUGUGGCUUCGAGGCGGAAACGGUACUCGGCGCGCCCGGAGGGGGCCAGGCGGCGAGUCAGAGGAAGCGAGAACACGGCUCGGCAAACAGGCCGGUGGUACGACGACGGACGGCAUGUGUGUUGAUGUGGAGCGGAGCAAGGUAA